UAUCAAAAUUGGACUCUCAUCUUCUUCGUUCAUCCCCAAUUCAGAACCCUAGUUGUGCCCGAAUCUUCACUCUAAUUCUCCUUUGCUGUAAUUCCGGCCAACUCCGGGCACCGGGUCGUGACAUGCUCCCAGCCCCUUCACCCAUUAGCAUUAGCAUCAUUCCAUCAUUAUCUUCUUUUCUUCUUUUAACUUUUUCUAGCUUCUUCGAACUUCGGUUCUUUUAUUUUUUUCUCAUCAUCCUGAAUUAUCGAUGAGCCCUUCCGAGCCCUUCGGUUCUUUUCGAUGAGCUCUUCAUAAUCUCUAAGAUUAAUAUAGGAAAAAUAAAGGUGGAAAGGAGUAAUUAGCUAGGGUAUAAAAAUCAGGAAAAGAAACUACAAGGAAAGAAAAGGUCGAAUUCCAAAAAUUCUCACAUCGCAAUGGAUGCUUUACAAACCUACACCGAAUUUGAAUCUCCUGCACCUCCCUCUGAACAAUCUGAGCCUCAAUACUCCUACAACCAGCCGGCCGAGAAUCUGGUUCACAAUGCGCAAGCAGCGAUGAGCAAUCCAGUUCUGAAGCCCUUGCUAUCGGAAAACGGCUUGACGAACACGCACAGCGGCACCGGCACCGGCACUGACAAGGACCAGUCAGGUGGGGAAGAGGAGACCACCAGUAGGAGAAAGCGCAAGAGUCGGUGGGAUCCUCCUCCCAGUGAGUCCAGCAAUGAUGGGACCGGGACUGGAGGGGGCGAUGGAACUGGCGGAAGGAAGAGGAAGUCCAGGUGGUCUGAUGAUCAACCGCAGCCGGCGUUUCCGUUGCAGUUGACUGUAGCUAUACUCGAUCCUGAAUUUCACGCUCUUCAUACCAGGUUCACUGAUAUUACUGCAAAAUUGGCAUCUGGUUCCCUUCUAGAUGAUCGACCUGAAGGCGCUAGAUCACCUUCACCUGAACCUAUUUAUGAUACUUUGGGGCAUAGGAUUAACACUAGGGAAUAUCGUGCCCGUGAGAAGUUGAACAGGGAGAGGCAAGAAGUAAUAGCCCAAAUGCUCAAGAUAAACCCUAGCUUCAAGCCCCCAUCUGAUUAUAGGCCUCCUAAACUGCAGAAGAAGCUUUACAUUCCCAUGAAAGAGUACCCUGGGUAUAACUUUAUUGGUUUGAUCAUUGGGCCGAGAGGAAAUACUCAAAAGAGGAUGGAGAAAGAGACGGGUGCCAAGAUUGUCAUUAGGGGUAAAGGGUCUGUGAAAGAAGGCAGAUUGCAGCAGAAAAGGGAUCUGAAACCGGAUCCCUCUGAGAAUGAAGAUUUACAUGUUUUGGUGGAAGCUGAGACUCAGGAGUCCCUCGAGGCUGCUGCUGCAAUGGUUCAAAAGCUCUUGCUACCUGUUGAUGAAGUACUCAAUGAGCAUAAGAGACAACAGCUUAGGGAACUUGCUGCUUUGAAUGGAACCAUUAGGGAUGAAGAGUUUUGCAGGUUAUGUGGUGAGCCUGGACAUAGGCAGUAUGCUUGUCCAUCUAAAACUUCUACUUUUAAGAGUGACGUUCUAUGUAAGAUAUGUGGUGAUGGUGGACAUCCUACCAUUGACUGCCCUGUUAAGAAUACCACCGGCAAGAAGAUGGAUGAUGAAUAUCAAAACUUCUUAGCUGAGCUGGGUGGGACUGCUCCUGAGUCUUCUAUUAAACCAAGUGGCCCAACGCUGGCUCUUGGUCCUGGUAGUUCUGGAAGCAAUCCUCCAUGGACUAGCACAACCAACACCAGUGCUAAUGGUGGCACAGCUGGCUUAGGGGCAAAUCCACUCAAGCCCAAGGAAUUCGAUGAGGCCAACCUAUACAUUGGAUACUUGCCCCCUACCUUGGAGGAUGAUGGUUUAAUCGCCCUAUUCUCGCCCUUUGGUGAAAUUGUUAUGGCUAAGGUGAUCAAGGACAGAGUAAGCGGCCUGAGUAAAGGUUAUGGUUUCGUAAAGUAUGCUGAUGUUCAACAGGCUAAUAAUGCUAUUGCUAGCAUGAAUGGUCAUCGCUUGGAUGGAAGAACCAUUGCUGUGAGAGUUGCUGGUAAACCUCCCCAAGUCACUGUGCCUCCAGGUCCUCCUGCUCCAUCUGUCCCCUCAUACCCUCCUCCGCCUACUCAACCAUAUCCUUCACAGCAAUAUGCUACUGGUGGUCCAAUAGCAACUGCGCCCCCUGGCUCCUACCCAGGAUCUCCAUGGGGUCCACCUGCGCAAUCUCCUUAUGCUGCACCUUACCCCCCUCCUCCUCCGGGCUCAGCCAUGUAUCCUCCCCCUUAUGGGAUGCAAUAUGCUCCUCCAGUGCCAACACCUACUUCCAAUGGCUCAUCUCAAGUUGUGUCUUCUGCUGACGCUGAGCAGAACUAUGUUUCCGCUGCAGAUACUCAAAAUUUCCCUCCCGGAGUCCAGUCUGCCCCUACCUAUCCUUAUGGUAAUUCUGUAACCACUAUACCUCCCAAUACACAAUAUUCAACUUCUUACGGAUAUCAAGGUUAUUAUGGUAUGGUACCACCCCCUCCGCCUCCUACUGUGUCUCAAGGUGCGGACCAGUCGCAGAGUGUGAGCAAUGUGCCCUGGGCAUCCAAUCCCGCCCCACCUCCACCUCCACCUCCACCUGCUCCAUCUGCUGGUGACGCUGAGUAUGAGAAGUUCAUGGCUGAGAUGAAAUGAUGUCUUGCUCUACAAUUUGGUUAAGGCAAAAGGUAAGAUCUUCAAACUCUUUUUUUUUUUUUAAAAAAAAAAUUGAUCUUGUAUUGGUCACUGAAAUAUCAUUGAAUCAGCAGGCGCGUCAUUUUUU